GAGGAAGCGGAAAAGACGAAACAUACGAGGACUUUUCACAGAGAGUUGAAUCGGUUCAUACAAGGGCUCUGGUUCGGAAAGCCCGGGCUGCGCGGAGGGAAGAGAACAGAGAGUUCCGCCGCCGUCCGCCACACUUUUUCCAGGGAUUUGCGCUCUGCCAGCGUUCCGGAUCGCGGAGGCGGACUUUCUGCCUUGUUUUCUACUUCUUUAUUUCUCUUUAUAACCCAGCUGUUUGCAGCUGGCAGACGCGGCAUCCGCCCUGUUUGGUGGUGGGGGGGGGGAAGAGGAGAGCGAUCGGAGGAGAGCGAGAGAAAGGGGGAGAGAGAGAGAAAGGGGGAGAGAGAGAGAGCGAGAGCGAUGCCACCCCAACCUCCCCAGCCACAGGUGGCGAGAAAGACUAUGGUGGGGUUCCUGAAGAGUUUCCCGGGGGUCGUUCGGAUUCUGCAGAUCCUCUUCGCCGGGCUGUGGGUCACCAUCGCCGCCAACAAAUACGAGGGGUCCAUCCACUUUGUGCUGUUCGUGGCCGUCCUCUUCUGGCUCCUGACCCUCGGCCUCUUCUUCCUCACGCUGCUGGACAAGCAGGACCUCGUCCCCGUGCUGGGUGGCGACAGAUGGUUGUCGACUAACUUGGCGCACGACGUCGCGGCCGUGGCGCUCUACUUGCCGGCGAUCGGCGUGAUGAGCUACAAGACGGACCGCCACACCUACUGCAACCUGGCGCAGUACACGCACAUGUGUCUGUACAAGGUGUACCUGACCGCCGCCGUGUUCGCCUGCCUGGGCGCGCUGGCUUACCUCCUCUCCGCCGCGUAUGGCGGCUUCCGCAAGUGCCGCGGGGAGCAGACGCUGGUCUGAGGGCUGUACGAGGGGGUUGAUGAAGGUGACGCAAAGAAAGACUGCGCAGAGGGCUCGGCUGUCUACUAUGUAGUAGUAGUGGUGGUGGUAGUAGUGCGCUGGGGCGACGUGGAAAAUAUAGCUCAUUAUCACGAUUAAUCGUAAGGAUUUUUUUUAUUAUUGUUAUUAUUAUGUUGAUGUAUUUAUAGGAGUGUGAGAAAAUGUCGAUGCUCGUUCGAUAUCUUUAAAAAAAAAAAAAAAACGUGCAUUCAUUGUGUAGUUCACAUCUCUGACCUCUAGGUGGCAGGUGCCGUGUCGUAACGGGGCUGCCGCGCUAGCUACGGCUCUGAUCAGUCUUGUCUUGUGCAUAUUGAGCAGUGGCGCCCCCAGAAACGUUUCAUAGGGGGGCAAAUGGGGGCCACUGAAAAUCUUGGGGUGGCACACCAAAACCAAAAGCCAUGACUGAAUUUGGGGAAUUCUAUGACGCUGUUGUAGUGUACUGUAUAGCCUAGUGGAAAACUGUCAAUAUGAGAGUUAAGAAAAAUAUACAUUGUUGAUUUAAAUGAACAGCACCUAAUGUAAGAUAUCAGAUAGAAGCAUAUUAUGCAUUAUCAAAAGCAUAUUCUGCAUAUGCGACUCGUGGCUGGGGGGGGGCAGCGGGAGGGGGGGCAGGGAUAGUAUCAGGCCACCCCUGGCCACCCCUUGGGGGCGCCACUGAUAUAUUGAGGCGUUUUCUUUACGACAUUUUUUUUCGAAAAGUAUGACAAAAUACUGCAGUAUAUGGCAGUGUUUGUAGUAGCGUAAUGUAUCACAGCGUAUUGGACCGGGACACUCGUGUCACGAGACCAAUAGCAUUUUGCCGAUUCUUGCCCAUACGCCGCCCUGACGUUGUGCCGGACGACGUCCGCUUACACCGUGUUUAAGAAUCCAGCUGAGGUUCAGCGCGUCGAACUCUUCUGUGACGUCAUGCGUCAUAUCCGAACAACGCCGUAACAGAAAUACUCUCUGACGACUUGCCCGUCCGAGUCUCCUCCCGACACGAUACCGCCGAAAGAUGACGAACAGUGAUGCUGAAUUAUUGUGCAGCCCUGGGGGUGAGGGGUGGGGGGCAAGGGGAAGCCAUCGCACCCCUCCACAUCCCCUCAUGGCGCAGAAGACGAGAGGACACACACGUUUGUGUACUUGUUCUUGUCCGGACUCGGCCUACGCUUCUCUUUGAAUAAUUUAACGUCACUCACUCUUGUGACGAGCGGAAGAACUUUGCAUUAUUUUUUUGGGCAUUGCGACAUGUUUUUUUACACAGCAGCAAACUAUACCGAACUGUUACUGAGGGGGGGAGGGGGAGGGGGCUGACACUGAACACGUGGCUAUACCUUUUGGAUUACGUUUUGUUGCGUUUUUGUUGGGGCUGGACACAUCCCGCGGCUCUUGUCCCCGCCUGCCCCGGCAUGUCCAAUUCUGCCGGAGUGCCCACUUCUGCCGGGGUGCCCACCUCUGCCGGAGUGCCCACCUCUGCCGGGAUGCCCACCUCUGCCCUAGUGCCCACCUCUGCCGGGAUGCCCACCUCUGCCGGAGUGCCCACCUCUGCCGGAGUGCCACCCUCUGCCGGAGUGCCCACUUCUGCCGGGGUGCCCACCUGUGCCACAGAUCCCACCUCUGCCGGAGUGCCAACCUCUGCCGGAGUGCCCACCUGUGCCGGGGUGCCCACCUGUGCCGGGGUGCCCACCUCUGCCGGGGUGCCCACCUCUGCCGGAGUGCCCACCUCUGCCGGGGUGCCCACCUCUGCCGGGGUGCCCACCUCUGCCGGGAUGCCCACCUCUGCCGGGGUGCCCACCUCUGCUGGAGUGCCCACCUCUGCCGGGGUGCCCACCUCUGCCGGGAUGCCCACCUCUGCCAGGGGUGCCCACCUCUGCCGGAGUGCCCACCUCUGCUGGGAUGCCCACCUCUGCCGGGGUGCCCACCCUCUGCCGGGGUGCCCAAUGCCCAGCAAGCUUGUGUCAGCGUCAUCGACGACAAAAGUGUGUACCUGGAUGUGAUGAGUGCUAUCGUAAGGAAAGUGUUUGUUUUAAAAAUAUUCCGCCCAGUGCUCUUCGACCCCCGAGGGCUCUUGAUGUAAAAUCAGACUAAAAGCAGAAUAAAGACCAGAAAAGUGAAA